AAGAAAUAGAAGAAGGGUAGGAGUGGGAGGAGAAGUUUGAGGAGGAAAGAAAGAGAGAGUAAAAAUAGGGGUUGUGGAAUUCUUUGAAAUAGUGAAGAAAAAGUCUGGAAACAUUAAGCCUGUGUGAGUUAGCAGUUCGUCCAAGAGUUACAAAAUGAGGGAGUGUAUCAGUAUCCAUGUUGGACAGGCUGGAGUACAAAUUGGUAACGCCUGCUGGGAACUCUAUUGUCUGGAACAUGGAAUUCAACCGAAUGGCCAGAUGCCAGUUGAUACGUUUAUACCUGGAGGUGAUGAUUCCUUCAACACUUUUUUCCGUGAAACUGGUGCUGGAAAACACGUCCCUCGGGCUGUAUUUGUAGAUUUGGAACCAACAGUUGUCGAUGAGGUCCGUACCGGUCAGUACAGACAACUGUUCCACCCUGAGCAACUCAUCACAGGAAAGGAAGAUGCAGCCAAUAACUACGCCAGAGGUCAUUAUACCAUUGGGAAAGAAAUUGUUGAUUUGGUUAUCGACCGAAUUCGCAAGCUGGCUGACCAAUGCACCGGACUUCAAGGUUUCCUCCUGUUUCACAGUUUUGGUGGUGGUACUGGUUCUGGAUUCACAUCUCUUCUUAUGGAACGUCUCAGUGUUGACUAUGGAAAAAAGUCCAAAUUAGAAUUUUCCAUUUAUCCUGCCCCUCAAGUUUCAACGGCUGUUGUAGAACCAUACAAUUCUAUCCUGACCACCCAUACCACUCUUGAGCACUCUGAUUGUGCUUUCAUGGUUGAUAAUGAAGCUAUCUAUGAUAUCUGCCGAAGAAAUCUUGAUAUUGAUCGUCCCAGCUACACUAACCUGAAUCGCUUGAUUGCUCAGGUUGUCAGUUCAAUCACUGCCUCUCUGAGGUUUGAUGGUGCUCUUAACGUUGAUCUGACUGAGUUCCAGACCAACUUGGUACCUUAUCCUAGGAUCCAUUUCCCAUUGGCUACUUAUGCACCAAUCAUUUCUGCUGAGAAAGCCUAUCAUGAACAACUGACUGUAGCUGAGAUUACAAACGCCUGCUUUGAACCAGCAAACCAGAUGGUUAAGUGUGAUCCACGUCAUGGGAAAUACAUGGCAUGCUGUAUGUUGUACCGUGGUGAUGUCGUACCAAAAGAUGUCAACGCUGCCAUUGCAACUAUCAAGACAAAGAGGUCAAUCCAGUUUGUUGACUGGUGUCCAACUGGCUUCAAGGUUGGUAUCAACUACCAGCCACCAACUGUUGUUCCAGGAGGUGAUCUUGCAACAGUCCAACGUGCUGUGUGCAUGUUGAGCAACACGACAGCAAUUGCUGAAGCUUGGGCUCGUCUUGAUCACAAGUUUGAUCUGAUGUAUGCCAAACGUGCUUUCGUUCACUGGUAUGUGGGAGAAGGUAUGGAAGAAGGUGAGUUCUCUGAAGCUCGUGAGGAUUUGGCAGCUCUGGAGAAGGACUAUGAAGAGGUUGGAAUAGAUUCUCUAGAUGCAGAAGAAGAAGAACAAGAAGAAUACUAAAUAAACACCAGAAGCCAUGCAUCGUGCUGUCGAGGGGUUUUGUUAAACUUAAGUAAAAACAACAAAAACUAUUUUUUAGACAAAUAUAACUUUUAUGGAAUUUCCAUCAUAUCAUCAUAGAACUGUUAUUGUGGAGUUGUUUCUAUUGAAAUGUCAUCAUACUGCUAUAAACUCAGAAAUGUCUGCAUGAGGCUCUGUCAUAAUAACGUCAUCAAAGACUAUCAUUUUCCAAUUGUCGUCACAGAGAAUUCAUCAUUUCUUUGCCAUUGUACUGUCACAACUGAGCUGUAGCAGUACAAUGCUUUCAUAUCAAAGAGCUAUCGUGUAAAAGUGUCAUAACAUAGCUAUCAUGACGGCUCUGUUGUCACAGAGUUGACAUAUGUAACAGCGCUGUCAUUACAGAACCGUCAUACUAAGAAGCCUUAUCACACGGCUUUCACUGUCAUGACAGAGUUGUCAUAACUAAUAGCUGUCAUGACAGAGCUGCCGUGCUAAUAAGUGCCAACACAUGACUAUCAUACCGCCACUGUCAUGACAGGGCUGUCAUAACUAACAGCACUGUCAUCACAAAUGGCGUUAGCAUUCUGAUUUCAUAAAUGUCAGCAUAAAGCUGUUACCAUAAUGAUUCCAUGGUUCAGCAAUCACUGAAAAGCUGAUAUUACAAAGCUGUCAUAACAAAACUACAAUCACAGGGAUGUUAUAACAGAAGUGUUAUGUCACUGCUGUCUUCACGAAGCUGUCAUUAUAGAGCAGCUAUUACAAUGGUGACAUGACAGAGUUGUGUGAGUAUGUAUGUAUGCCAUAAAAUGUUCAGGCUCUUAUCCAUAUCGACUUUCAGAAAGGCAGCCCUUUGAACCGUGAAGGUAAUAAUCUUCAUAAUCUCGUUCAAAAUCGAAGCCCAUAUCUACAAACAUAGCUAUUACUACUACUACUACUACUACUACUACUACUACUACUACUACUACUACUACUACUACUACAGUUAGAGACAAGAGAAUCAAUACUAAACAACGAUAUUGACAGCUAUGACGUUACAGAUCUUUCCGAGUUCAGGCAUUGAAAACUGAAGGAAAGAAUACAAAGAAUCUCUAUAUUUAGAAAAUAACAUUGUUUUGAAAAUGAAUGUUAUAUUUAGCAAUAUUCAAAAAGUGUUAUAAUUAGCAAUAUUCAAAAAGAAAGGGAAAUGUUCAUAAAUAGAAAUCUAUUAGACCAGUUAUCGUGUUAAAAAGUUGAUAGAAGAUUUUGAUAUGUUCUAUAACAGUUUUUUUUUUUAUCAUGUCUACUCGAUCAGAAGUUAAAAAAAUAACAACAGCAAACUCUUCGAGAGAACCUCUAACAGCCAAAUUUUCCUCAAAUCCCACUACAUUGUAUUAGGAAACGAAAGGACGCAUUAGAUAAUCAGGGUUCUGUUUUGUCAUAACUGCACUUGAUCAAGGUUUACUUAGAACUAAACAACAACAAAAUACGCGUGAUUCUCUGCGAGGUCGUUUGAUCUGUUGGAAAUGGUCACUAAGACCGUCCUCAUACCGCACCCUACCGACUUAAAAAAGGGAGGACAAGUCUGAAAACUACUAUGAGAUGCAUGGUGCCUUAAGAUUUAAAACUUCUUCAUGUUGUAUAUGUAGGGCAGGUUAGCUAAUCUCACUGAGAUUAUCCUACCCUUGUGCUAUUUAUACCCAUACAACAAAUUGUUAUUGUUUCGUUCUGUGUUAACCUUAAUCGAGAAAAUAUAAUCAUGAGCAUCUCAGCCAUGAUCUUUUUACAGAUAACAUUGGAUGU